CCCGACAGCCCAUAUUACACCCGAAACAAAUUCUAGCAACUACGCAUCAAUGCAUCAUUCCUUCCUCAGAAGAAAUGAAGCAGAAGAUGAUGCGAAGAAGAGGAAGAGCUUCUCUAUUUUCCACAAUCUCUGCUUCUCGUCUUCUUCUUCUAGGUAUGGCUUCUCCUUCUCCACUUCGUACAUAUCUCUGCUCAGUCUCUUUUCAUUCUCAGUCUGCGCCCAAAUCUUCAAUAAAGAACCGCAAUUUUCAAUUCAACAGCAUCGACGAUGCUGUAGCUUGCUUUAAUCGGAUGGUUCAUAUGCACCCUCCGCCUUCUAUACUUGAAUUCAAUUUGUUGUUUGGUUCAAUAGUGAAAAUGGAGCACCAUACAACCGUGGUUUCACUGUGUAAAAAUAUGGAGCUGUUAGGUAUCAAGCACGAUAUUUAUACUCUGAAUAUAUUGAUGAACUGUUUUUGUUGUUUGAGACGUGUGGAUUUUGGUUUCUCUGUUUUGGGAAAAAUCCUGAAACUUGGUCUCCAACCGGAUCCUAUAACAUUCAACACCCUCAUCAAGGGAUUGUGUGUUGAAGGUCAAGUAGAUCAUGCUCUGAGGUUUUUUGUUGAGAUGGUUGAUAAUGGUUAUCAACCCAAUCUAGUUACUUACAAUACACUGAUAAAUUGUUUAUGUAAAGUAGGCUAUACUCGCGACGCAGUCCGCUUACUCAAUGAAAUGGAAAAUAGAGGUUGUAAACCUAAUGUGGUGUCGUAUACUACAGUCAUAGACGGCCUUUGCAAGGAUGGGCUACUAGACAAGGCUUUCAAUCUGUAUUUGGAAAUGAUGGAUAAAGGUGUUACACCAAAUGUCUUCACUUAUAGCUCUUUAAUUCAAGGUUCAUGUAAUUUAGGCCAACGGAAGGAGACUAGAAGAUUGUGGAAUGAAAUGAUGGGAAGGAAGAUCACACCAAAUGUCAUCACUUUCAAUAUUAUCAUUGAUAUGCUUUGUAAAGAAGGGGAGAUUUUAGAGGCUCAACGUGUACUUGAGAAGAUGAUUGAGAUCGGUGUGGACCCCAAUGUGAUCACAUAUAACACAUUGAUGGAUGGAUAUUGUAUGGUAGGCCAAAUUAAUAAGGCAUUAAAUUUGUUUGAUUUGAUUGGUAAAAAAGGUUUUCAACCUGAUGUUUUUAGUUAUAGUAUAUUAAUCAAUGGAUAUCGUAGGCGUAGAAAGAUAGAUAAAGCAAUGAGACUUUUUAAUGAUGCAACUUCCAAAGGGUUGAAUUUUACUAUUGUUACGUACAAUACCCUUAUAAGUGGAUUGUGCCAAGUGGGCAAACUUCGAGGUGCAAAAGAUUUUCUUAAGGAGAUGUGUGCACAUGGUCCUUCUCCAAACUUAAUAACUUACUCGACUCUGUUGGAUGGUUUAUGCAAGCAUGGGUGUGUUGAUGAUGCAUUUUCUUUGUUUAAAGCAAUGCAAGAAAGUGGGUUGGAACUUGAUAUUGUAACUUACAGCAUCAUCAUUGAUGGUUUAAGUAAACACGGGAAGCUUAAUAUUGCAAGGGACCUGUUCUCCAGCUUGUCUAUCAAGGGCCCAAAUCCUAAUAUUAAGACGUAUAAUAUCUUGAUCAAUGGCCUCUGUAAAGAAAGGCUCUUAAGUGAAGCAUAUGAGCUCAUCAGAAAAAUGGAAGGUACUGGUUGCUCCCCAGAUGGCGGUACCUACAAUAUAAUCAUUCGAGGAUUUUUCCAAAACAACAACAUAUCUUUGGCGAUGCAGCUUCUUCAAGAAAUGGUUGAGAAGGGGUUCUCUGGAGAUGCAUCUACUGCAGAGAUGCUAGUGGAUUUGUUAUCUAACAAUGCAUAUGACAAAUCCAAAGAACUUCGUAAGCUACUGUCAACUUGAUCUGCAUGAGACCUAUUAUUCUUAAGUGAAUGGUGGCAGCUGUGGAAAGUUUUGUCAGGGGAACGCCGAAGAUGAAAGCAUCGCUCUGGUUGAGACAGGGCUCUAUGGUCACUUGUCGGUGGACCUGCACUGCAUUUUUGACUGAUUUGCAGGGAAGAUAGAAAAGGGGGAGGGGUUUGGGGAACAAUUGAGCCAUUUUCUUGGCUUGUCAUGCAAUAUCAGUUGCCAUUUUUGUGGUGCUGGCCAGGAACAUGGAAGUAUCAAAUAUGCAGUUAACCCAGUGGUUGAAAGAAUUGUAGGACUUUCAGGUGGUUGAAAUGUUUGUAGAGCUGAGUGUAAUCCCUAAUUUUCUGUAAAAAGUUUUGUAAAGCAGUUGGCACUUUCAUUUACAGGCAUCAUCUUUUGGGAAAAUAA